AUGGAACCACCCCUCACCCUCAGCAUAAAUCGAAUAUCACCACCAUCCUUGAUCCCAAGCUACCUUCCAUCCGCCACCUCCAUCUCCCCCACUUCGCCUGUACCCCUCCCACACCCACCUAGGGAAUUUCAUUUCUCCCCUACGCCGAAUUAUCCUACACCGUACGGCAAUGUCUCCCUAGGAUCGACGUUGGACCUAAACGUAUCGUUGGAAAAUACCAUUGCGGGCAAAGCGGAUGUGCUGGGGGUGAGAAUGAUGUUGGAAUGUCAAGGUCCAGGAGGGAGGUUUAGGCUCGGUGAGGUGAUUCAUUCAAACGAUAACGAUAAAUCCAAGGAUGGGGAACAACCUUCCUCAGCUACUUCUGAAAAUAAUCCAAGUGCUCAAGAAGGACAAGAACACGAGGAAUUGUCGAUACUUCGUUAUGGGGAAAAAGUCAAUCUCAAGAUCGAUAAUGAAAUUAAAGACUUGGGGGUGAACGUCCUGAUAGUUAGUGUUGCCUGGGAAACGCUGGAGGGGAGGAAGACGUUUCAGCGGUUUCUGAAGUUCAAUGUCAUCCCGCCAUUAUCGAUCAAAACCCGAAUCCAGACACCUUCCAACCCCAAUACCCUGCUCUCCCCCACAAAGAGAGAACAAGUCUACUUGGAAAUACUUAUUCAGAACGUAUCUGGUGAAUCGAUGAUAUUGUCCAAUGUUUUCUUGGAACCCGUUAAAGGGUUGAUAUCCGAAUUGACCCCAAAAGAAGAGGAGGAAAAAGAAAAGAUCAUUCUUCUACCUGAAGAUAUACGUCAAUUCUUAUUUAUCCUUUCGCCAUCCAACGCUGAAGAUGCAAAUACCAAUGCCGAUACGGUGUCCAAAUCAUCUUUCCCACCUGUAUAUCAACCCGGUACGAUCCUACCUCUAGGAAGAUUAGAUGUCACUUGGUUAUCUGGGAUAUACCAUCUGAAAGGGAGAUUACAAACUUCAACUCUGAAUCGACGAGUCCCCGUCCCUCCAACACCUGCCCAACAGCAACAACAACAAAGAGGGGUCUUACCUGCACGUACGCUGAGCUCACAAUCCGCUAUAUCCACACAUGGAAGUCCGUUAUCCACUCCGCAAAAAGAUAGACUGGGUGCCAACAGCACAAAUGCAAAUGCAAAUACGCUUCUGGCUCCUAGCCCGAUCAAAGGGACUUUGAACCCCCGAGAUGUAGGAGAAGAGGAUCAAUGGGAAUUCGAUCUGACGUUGAUAGACGAUCAGAGGGAAUUCGAGGUGGAAAAGAAAUUCUCUAUGGGAUGUAGGUUGGGUGUGAGGUCGACAAAGUAUAUUCAUGAGAGUGCUUCUAGAAAACCAUCAAGUAUAUCUGUACCCGGUCCCAAGGAGAAGAAGGAAGAAGAGAAUGAUAAUGAUGAUGAUGUACCCUUAAGUCGAAUUUCUUCAAGGGUUGAUCAAGAAUUACCACCACCUCCCGCACCUAGAAUAGCAAUUCAAUAUCUCACUCCCAUUCCAUCAGCUCCUAUUACUCAACCGAGUGUUGGUGGACCUUACAUAUCAGUGUUAUCACCUUCGAGAACCAGUAACCCUCUUUCCCCUGCUCCCUCGUCAAAUGCGACUUUGGUUGAUAGACGACCAUUCACACCUCUGUCCAACACUGGUGCUGGUGCUGGACCUAGUAGACCUAUGACACCUAGUUCGAUAAGUAGUCAAUUACGACAGGCUCAAUCUCAGGGAUUGGGUUUAGCAAGUAAUCAGAAUUCACCAAGGGUUGGAAAUAGGUUUGGGGACGGUACUCCUCUUUCAUCCAAUACGAAUACUGCUGCAAACACCGAUCAGAUUGUGUUAGAUGAUGAACGAGUGGAUGGACAAGAUGUGUUUCCACCUCCACCUUACAUUACCAACGGUACUGGCACACAGAAGACGAAAGGAAUCAUCAAUUUGGGUAAUUCAUUGAAGUUAGUAGAGGUCAAACCACUUGGAAAGGUGAUUCAGAAUAUUGGUCAGCUUGCCUAUAUAGUAGAUAACGAUCAAGAUCAACAUGAAAUCAAAGGUAAACAUAAUUGGGAGGUAGAGUACAAAUUCGAUUUGGAGUUUAUGGCAUUCGAUCAAGGAUUAGUUGAUCUGGGUGGAUUGAGAAUCAUGAUUUUGGAUGAUAGCGGUGAAGGAGAGAAGAUUGAUGGGAAGGUCGUAAAGGAGUAUAAUAGUUUAGGUGAUAUUUAUAUUGUAGGAUAA